AGGGAGAGUGAGAUAGCUCGAGCUCGGUAUGCCAUAGGUUCAUUUUCAUCAUUGGAAACAAGGAAAAAGCCUCUGAGAAUUAAACCAAAAAGACGGGGGUGCGAAGGAAAGCUGUGUCCUAUUCAUAUUGAGUGGAAAGAGGUGAAAGAAGCGCGGGGGGGGGGGGGGGUAAUAGAGCUUUUAGCACCUUUCUGCUGGUGUGCGUCGCGCCGUACAUUGCUCACCUCCCUCCGCCGCUUCCGCCCUGGACGUGCGCGUUCUCGUAUGCUAGCGUGCGCGUGUGUUUACAAGUGAGUUUGAACGAGUGCCAGCAGCGAGGCAAGCAGGAGGCAUGGUGGACAACUCUGGCAGUAGUAAGGCGCAAAUGCCCAGCAUGUCUCAGGAGUCCGGUGUAGCCUUUCCUCAGAACACCUCGACAGGGGGGAUGAAGCUGGAGGCAGUGAUGGAGCAACUUCAGCGCCAGCAGCAAGCCCGGCUAGAGAUGGAGCGCAAGGAGAGGAAGCUGCGCGAGGCCCACAUCAUGUACGCCCAGCAGGUUGCCGCCCAGCAGGCCAUCCUGGCAGCCGCCCGGGCAUCUGGGCCCAACUUUAUGGGCAAGGGCCUGGCCGGAGCGGUGCCGCCUCCGCAACCUCCUCGCGUCUCCAAUCAGAGCAGUGUAGACUCUGAGAAAGAGGAUGACGAGGACCGGGGCCACGACUCGGCAGACGAGGACGACGACAACGAGAUGAUGGACGGCGACGAGCGCAGCGACGAAGAUGAGGAGGGUGGAGGCGGGGCCGGCGGCCUCGAGUUCCUCCGCAAGCAGACGCUGGCGCUGCAGCAGAGCGCCGCUCGCAUGCCGCCCGCCCGACCUUACAGCAGCUUUGUGGCGUCGGCCCCGCAGAGGGCACCGUCCCCGCCCAUCAGGGUCAAGCAGGAGCCCGACGAGGGCCUGUCGCCUGCUGGCGCUCACCCGGCCACCUCCCCCAACGGCCAGGCCGACUGGAGCUUUGAUGACCACUUCAGACAGAACGGAAGUGCAAGCUGGGCAGAUGAGACGGACAGUAGCAGAGGAAGAGGAGAAGCCUCGAGAGACUUUGCCAAGUUGUACGAGCUGGACAAUGACCCCAAAAGGAAGGAGUUCUUGGAUGAUCUCUUUACCUUCAUGCAGAAAAGAGGCACCCCGGUCAACCGUAUUCCCAUCAUGGCCAAGCAAGUGCUGGAUCUGUAUAUGCUCUACAAGCUGGUGACGGAGAAGGGAGGCCUGGUGGAGGUCAUCAACAAGAAGAUCUGGAGGGAGAUCACCAAGGGACUCAACUUGCCCACCUCCAUCACCAGCGCCGCUUUCACACUGCGCACACAGUACAUGAAGUAUUUGUACCCGUACGAGUGCGAGCGGAAGGGCCUGAGCUCCCCGGGCGAGCUUCAGGCCGCCAUCGACAGCAACCGGCGCGAGGGUCGGCGCCCCAGCUACAGCAACAGCCUCUUCCGCUUCUCGCCGUCGCCCAGCACCGCCCAUCCGCACAUCCUCUCCCCUCCCAAGAUGCACCUCUCCGCCAUUGGGCCCGGCACUUCUGCGGCCCUCAAUGGCCUGCAGGGCUCGCCUGGGUCCGUCCUGAAGAAAGAUGACCUGACUCCUUCCAUCAUGGCGGCCAGGCCCUCCAUGGCCCUGGCGCUGGGGCAGCAGCAGGUGGCGGGACUGGCGCGCGCUGCCACGCUGGAGCAGCUCAGAGAGAAGCUGGAGACCACUGGGGGCAGCGCGGGAGAGGGGCCCGAGAGGAAGAUGGCGCGUCUGGCCGAGGAGCAGCAGCGCCUCAUGCAGCAAGCCUUUCAGCACAACCUGCUGGCCAUGGCCUCGCAGAUGCCAAUGAACCUGCGCCUCGGGGCCCCCGCCAUCACCCCCAGAGAUGAGAAGCAGCAGGACAUGUCUCUGAGCAUCUCCACCAAUGGCAAUGCCAGCAUCACUGUCUCUGUGGAGGUCAAUGGCACAAUGUACUCAGGAACACUCUUCGCUCAGAAAGCCAGAGGCCUGCUGGGGCCCACAGUGUCGGCAGUGUCUGCCGCUACCUCGGCCUCCACCAGCGCUGGCUUUGGGUUCUCUGCACCCCUGAGACAGACCCUGAGCCCCACGUCCUCCUCCUCCUCCUCCUCCUCCUCCAAGGGCCCCGGUUCGGCCGAGCCGGCUCCCAACGGAUCACCCUAACCGGUCCCUCCCUCCUACCCCUAAAGAACCCCUCUCCCCCUAGGCCCCGCGGCCCAGCAUGAAUAUUCUGUACCGUGAGAAAGAUUACAGACUGUUGCACAACAAAUACCUCAUCAAGCCUGUCCACCUCUUGGCUGUCCAAUCGUGAACACAAAAGCCCAAAAAUAGAACAUGACAACACAACUAUGCAUUUUACACACACACACACACACACACACGCACGCACACAUACGCUAGACACAAUCAGCGCAGCCAAAUACCCAUUGACGGGUGUCAUCACAACUGAACUUGAAAAUCUUUUUUUUUUUCUUUAGUGUUUGUUGUUUUUUGUUGCCAUUUUGUCGUCUUUACUUUUGAUUUUGUGUUUUUAGAAUGAUUUUUUUUUUAUAUAUAUAUAUAUAUAUAACAUACCUCAAAUCACCCAACCUGCAGUGAUGUCUUUUUACCUCAGGAGCUUGACCAUAUUUAACCUCAAUUAUUAUUUUUCUAUGCUUCUCUUCUCUUUUUGAGUCAGCUAUUUUUUCCUCAAGAAGAUGAUGGGACGCCGUAGAUCGGCACAGGUUGAUUUAAAAAAAAAAAAGUGGGAAAUCUUUGACGGAACAGAUGAGACACUGUCCCCACCGCACCCCCACCCCCGCAUUGGACUAUCCUCAAAAAAUAAAAUGGCGUCCCUCUCUCAGGAAGUGGAGGGGAUCAAUCAAACAUGCCCCCCCCCCCCAAAAAAAAAAAAACAUGGAAGAAAAUACCUCAUGAGACUCUCCCGGGAGAGCAACACUACAUAUACCUCAUUGGGCGGCCAUGAUGGAAGAAGCCCCGAGCCGCUGCCACCACCUCCAAGAAGUGUGAACUGACAAAAUGGCCGCCACAGCUGCCUUACAACAUGCACACCUCAACUUUCCUUCACCCCCCCCUUCCUUCAGUUGUACCACUUUUUCACGAUGAGACCUCGGCUAGGCAUGUUGUUAAGGGGGGGUUUCUCAGGUAAGAUAUAAGGCGUGAACGCUCGAUGCAUGCGUACAAUCACAAAAACUGAUUUUUAGCAUCGGUAUGUUAUUGCACAGCUAGAUACCAAAAAAACAAAACAGAAAAGAGACAAAAUGGCCGCCUCACAGCCGUAGCAGACUUUCAUGUGGAACCCCACCAAAGGUGGGAUAUUGCCACAAGUGUGCGUGGGCUCAAACGGCAACACGGCCUCGCACAGCUACCCAUUUAGGUGACAUCAGUGUAGCAAGUGGCAUGACAUAGACAAUACUUGUGAAACAGUUGCUUUCAACAACAGGGCGGGAGAAGUGCGCGCCCGUUAUGGCAUUCCCGUAAACACACUUUUCACAAAGCAUCACGCCACCCUGCAAUUCCUUGGAUGGCGGCAGCAUCCAGUGCAACAUGAUAAAUAGUUGUGUGAUGGUGACAAAUGCUUUCAAUACCGUAGGCAGUGCAUAUCCAUUUUGGAAUUCCUGUUAACAUAAUUUCACACAGCAUGACGGCAUCCCGCAAUCGGAUAAUUGCAUAACGUCAGCUCUAGUGUUUGAUGUCACUUAUAAACUCCUUGUAGGACAACUGCUUUCAACACAACGGGGCGGGCGGGAUAAGUGCACAACCCUUUCUGCAUCCCCGUUUACACACAAGUGUCGUUACUACCCCAGUAGGCAAAAAGUUGUCGAGUCGAAUUACAGAACAUCACAGGCUGGGACGAGGAAGUUAGUGUCGCAUGUUAAACUUCUCAUCUGUCUCAACAUUUCAAAAUAUGCUUGAACAAAGAUGCUGUCCCGCCUCUGUUAUUGGCUCUGAUGCUACCUCCAAAGGUGCACAGAUGCUCGGUUUACUUUGGCUUACUUUCCAAACAUUCUGUGCUGGUGUCCUUUAUAGAGCUUUGCCGCAGUGGGAAAUAGUGGAAAAAAAUCAUCACGGUGAGAUUGUCAGGGGCUGCAUGGUGACCGACUGGUUAGCACAUCUGCCUCACAGUUCUGUGGACCCGGGUUCAAAUCCGCCCUCGCCUGUGUGGCGUUUGCAUGUUCUCCCCGUGCCUGUGUGGGUUUUCUCCGGGCACUCCGGUUUCCUCCCACAUCCCAAAAACAUGCGUGGUGGUAGGUUGAUUGAAGACUCUAAAUUGCCAGUAGGUGUGCAUGUGAGUGCGAAUGGUUGUUUGUUUCUAUGUGCCCUGCGAUUGGCUGGCGACCAGUUCAGGGUGUACCCUGCCUCUCGCCCGAUGAUAGCUGGGAUAGGCUCCAGCACGCCCCUGACCCUAGUGAGGAGAAGCGGUACAGAAAACGGAUGGAUGGAUGGAGAUUGUCAGGUGUGUCAGGUGUCGACUUUCACACAUUGCCUCUGUUACGGCUGUAAUACUACCUCUGAAUGUGUAAAUCUAGUAAAAAAAAAGUAGACUUUGCCUGCCUUUUAUACAAUACGGUGUCGCAGAAUUGGGAAUUCAUGAAAUAUGGGAUAGAAUCACGACAUCCCACAAUCAGAUGACAAUACAUUGUUGACAACAAGGCGGGAGAGGUGAGUGUCACGUGUGAAACUUCACACACCGAUUCUGAAGCUUCUGUGGACAUUUGCUGGGUUGAUUUUGUCCAACCAUUCUACAGAACAGUGGCGUAGUUAAAAAUAUAUAUAUAUAAAAAAUAAAGAGGGGGGGGGGGUAAAAUCUUAGCUUUAGUGUAAAAGGGAUACAGGUUUAUGGCAAGCUGUUUUAGCUUUUAUUUUCAGCACACUAGUUUUUAUUCAGAAUUCAGUGCACUCGUAGGAUAUCAAGUGCUCAAACAGCCUAAGCCAUUUUAGCAUUUACUCAUGAUCAUUCUUUUGUUCUCUUGUCUUACUAGUGAGGACAAAGAGCAUGCUAGUAAAUGGACUUUAAACUGGAUAUCAAGGCUAUCCAGUAAUUGCUCACUUACCAACAGUUUGGGAUCUGGAAUUCUCUCUUUUCUAGUGUCCACCUUGAGAAUGUGCCAGUGUGGCCUGCAGGGGGCAGCAUUGUCCUACAUACACUCUGUAAGUGUAUUGUACUACUAGUGACCAUUGUUAGACGUUGCCUUAAAAGUCUCUACCAAAUGAAUCAUUUUUCCAAGGUGGACAUCUUGCAGGUGUCGCAUUAGUUAGCUAUUCUUUUUUUCUUUGGACUUGGUUCUUUUCUCUGCUGAAUGGACCUCAUUGUAGUAACCAUGUGGAUCCUUUAGGGCGGCGCUAACUAAAAACCUUUUUGACCUAGAGAUGACUGUUUGUUGGUGUGUGUGUGUGUGUGUGUGUGUGUGUGUGUGUGUGUGUGUCUGUGUAAGCAAGUUCCAAUACUUAUGGUAUGUAACGUACUUUAGCAUUUUUAGAUUUUAUGCGGGUCCAGUUUUGGUUUGCUGACAAUCCUCCAAGAAGCCGCUAGCAUCUUCUUUCCCGCUUUCUGCGAUUUUGACGACAAACUUCCCGGUAGCUGACUUGCUGCAUGCUCAUGUUGAAAUGAGGUUAGCAUCAUUAACUUUCAUUCGCACCAUUUGGGCUACUGGGAGGCAUCAAUUUGGUGACAAGCCAACAUCCACUAUCUGAGAUUUCAACUAGCAACUCUUCCAGCAAGUGUAUACAUGUAUACAUGAUGUUAGCAUAAUUAGUGUUGGUACAUGUCCUGUUUGCUGACAAUCCUACAAAAACACCUAUUUUGCACAAUGUGGCAUUUGAACUCCCAACUCUUCCUGCUAGCUGAUGAGCUAGUUGGCAGUCUUCUAAAUGAUGUCUGCAUGAUCUAGUUCUGCUACACAUACAUAUAUUAGCAUAGCAUGCUACACAUACAUUAGCAUCAUUAGCAUUGGUGUACUUACA